ACAGAGCCAAUAAACUAUAAAACGCAUUUAAAUCAAAUGCAAUCACAAUCCUUAUUGGCUACUGCCCUUGUUAAAGUUUUCAAACCAAAUGGAGCUCAACUUAUUUUAAGGGCUCUUAUAGACCCAGGAUCUCAAGCUACAUUCAUAACCGAAGAUGCAGCUCAGAUCUUAAAACUUAAAAAACAUAAAACACAUGCGAUUGUUAAAGGACUAGGAAAUACUGAAACUGGUACAUCAAAAUAUGAAGUCAAUUUUAAGUUAUUCUCAGUACAUGAUUCUGAUUUCUCUGUAGAUGUUAGGGCUCUAGUAUUCAAUAACUUAACCACUACAUUGCCCACUCAGAAAUUUGAUGCAUCUAACUUCAAUCAUGUAUCAAACCUGUUACUUGCUGAUCCAACUUACAAUACACCCCGAAAGGUUGAUAUUUUGAUAGGUGCCGAUGUGUAUUCGACAAUAAUUUUGGAUGGCGUAGUCAAGGGAAGUACAGGAACACCUGUAGCCCAGUUGACCGAAUUAGGGUGGAUCUUAACUGGAAACAUUCACACACAAAAAAUUCCAAUAACUAUCCAAAGUCAUCAUACACAAUUGGAUGUCCAACUUACUAAGUUUUGGGAAAUUGAAGAAAAUCUUGAUGAGAGAAAAUGGACUGAAGAUGAGAAUAUGUGCGAAAAACAUUUUAAAGACACAUGCAAGAGAAGAUUAGAUGGUAGAUAUGAGGUACACCUUCCAUUCAAAAACAACAAAAGGCCAGUCUUAGGUAAUUCCAAACGAGCUGCAUUAGCAAGAUUUCUACAAAUUGAAAAACGAAUGAAAACAGAUGGUAACUUUAAAAAACUUUAUGUAGAUUGCAUGAAUGAGUACCUUACCUUAGGUCACAUGAAAGAAGUGAAAGUUGAGGAUGAACUAGGUCCAAACUAUUUUUAUUAUCUUCCACAUCAUGCGGUUCUGAAAGAAUCAAGUACUACAACCAAACUACGGGUAGUAUUUGAUGGUUCUUGCAAAUCAUCAAAUGGACUUUCAUUAAAUGAAUGUCUUAUGGUAGGCCCACGCCUCCAACUCGAUAUAAUUGAUCUGGUGGCAAGAUGGAGAAAAUUCAAAAUUGCUCUUGUUGCAGAUAUAAGCAAAAUGUAUCGUCAAAUUUGGGUGGCUCAAGAAGACACACCAUAUCAAAUGAUCUUAUGGAGAUCAUCCCCAAAUGAAUCCAUAAAAUGUUAUUGUUUAAAUACAGUUACCUUUGGAACUGCUUCUGCUCCCUUCUUAGCUGUACGAACAUUACAAAGGUUAGCUGAAGAUAUUGAACAUAAUUAUCCUCAUGUAGCAAAGGCAAUCAUGGAUGGUUUUUUUGUCGAUGAUCUUAUAUAUGGAUCAGAUAAUGAAGUUGAAGCCAUUAGAUUGCAAAAGGAUAUCGUUUCAAAUUUACAAGCAGCAGGGUUUCCUCUCAGAAAAUGGGCAAGCAACUCACAAAGAGUUAUGGAGGGAAUUCCUGAAAAUUAUAGAGAGAUUAAUCUUCCUCUUGAUUUAAAAUCAACAGAUGCCAUAAAAACAUUGGGGAUUCAAUGGCAUCCUAGUAUGGACUACUUUAGCUUUAAAAUAAACUUACCUGAAACUUCAAAAUUAUCAAAGCGAUCAGUUCUAGCCGAUAUCGCUCGCCUGUUCGAUCCAUUGGGAUUGAUUUCUCCUUGCAUUGUCAAGGCAAAACUUAUACUCCAACAACUUUGGACUAGAAAUUUGGCUUGGGAUACACCUUUACCACAAGAUAUAGAAAAGUCUUGGACAGAUCUUCGCAGUACCCUGCCAAAAAUUUCACAAAUACAAAUACCACGUUGGAUUGAUUAUGAAAUCUCGUCCGAGGUGGAGCUGCAUGGCUUUAGCGAUGCUUCAGAAAAAGCUUAUGCAGCAGUCAUCUAUAUACGUGUCAUACAAAAUAACAUUGAAAAAAUACACUUAAUAGCAUCUAAAACAAGAGUUGCUCCAGUAAAAUGCAUUUCUUUACCACGCCUUGAACUUUGUGCAGCACUACUCCUGUCUAAACUAAUAUUCAGAAUUAUUAAAGCCAUGCAAUUUGAAAACAUUAAAACAUAUGCAUGGACCGACUCUAUGAUUACUUUAGCAUGGAUAAAAGGAAGCCCAACCACGCGCACCACCUUCGUUGCUAAUCGAAUAAGCGAAAUUCAAAGUUUAACUAACAUCGAAUCCUGGUAUCAUGUAAACACAAAACAGAAUCCUGCAGAUUUAGGAUCGCGAGGAUUAACAACUGAAGAGCUCAUUAACAAUGAGAUGUGGUGGGAUGGGCCAACAUUUCUAAGAAACUUUAAUCCGCAAGAUUAUUCAUCAAAAACUACUUUUGAAACACAACAAGAAACUAAAAAGGAAAGCAAAAUCAAUACAAAAACAUUAUACAAUAAGAAUUUUGCAACACUAUUAAACUUUUCUUGUGUUGCAGCUUACUGUGUUACAACAGAAAACGAAUUUUUAAGGAGAGUCUCUGAUUUAAGAAGAUUGAUUCGCAUCGUUGCAAUAUGGCAAAGAUACAUAUCUAACUUAAGAUCAAAAUUAAAUUCAAAAAUGAAAUUAGGAUUAGAGAACAAUCCACUUAAAAUUGAAGAACUAAAUGUAUCUAGAACAACAAUUACCAAAUUAGUACAAAACGAACUAUUUUAUGAAGAAAUAAAGGCAUUAAAUGAAUCAAGAGCUAUCCCUAAAGGAAGUGGAAUUUUGAACUUAAAUCCCUUCCUUGAUAAAAACGGUAUCUUACGUGUAGGUGGUCGACUUCAAAACUCCUAUUUACCUUACAGUCAGCGGCAUCCAAUCAUCCUCAAGGAUCAACAUCACUUUUCAAAACUAAUUGCAUGCGAUGCUCAUCAACGUACUCUACAUGGUGGACAGCAACUCAUGAUGGCAGAUAUUCGAAACUAUUAUUGGAUAACCAACCUUAAACGACUAGUAAAAUUUACAAUACACAAAUGUGUAAGGUGUCAUAGACAUGAUGCUAUAAUGCAAAACCAACUAAUGGGAAGCCUUCCAACUGAACGUGUUAUAAUCACAAGACCCUUUACAAACACUGGUGUGGACUAUGCUGGACCUGUUGAGAUUAAAAUGUGGAAGGGUAGGUGUAACAAAUUCUCAAAAGGGUACAUCGCCGUAUUCGUAUGUCUAUCUACAAAGGCCUUACAUCUUGAAUUGGUCAGUGAUUUGACCGCAGCAACCUUCAUAGCUGCUUACAGGAGAUUCGUAGCCAGGCGCGGAAUAUGCAACAACUUAUUUAGUGAUUGCGGAACUAACUUCAAGGGUGCAAGCAAUGAUCUCAAAAGAGACAGUAAAUUCAUAACUUCUGAAUGGUCAUCCACAGUUUCAAAAACUCUGGCCACGCUCUAUACCACUUGGCAUUUUAAUCCUCCACUAUCCCCCCAUUUUGGUGGACUAUGGGAGGCAGGGGUGAAAUCCAUUAAACAUCACCUUAAAAGAACAAUUGGCACUGCGAAGUUGACUUUUGAAGAAUACUCUACAUUACUAACUCAAAUUGAGGGGUGCCUUAACUCACGACCUCUUUGUCCAAUGACAUCUGAUCCAAAUGAUCUCAAUGUCUUGACACCAGGACACUUCCUUAUUGGAGGUCCACUCAAUUUAUUGCCUGACAGAAAUCAUACAGUCAAAAAUUUAAAUAACCUUGAUAAAUAUAAAUAUAUACAAAAAAUUACACAAGAUUUUUGGAAGCAGUGGAGCACAAGCUAUCUUCACUUGCUUCAACAACGACCAAAAUGGUUACAACAAAAACCAAACAUCAAUGUUGGAGACAUUGUCAUAGUAAAGGACGACAAUUUGCCACCCUCAUUAUGGUUACUCGCGCGGGUUAUCGAAUUACAUCCGGGAACUGAUGGUCUAACUCGCGUAGCUACCAUCAAAACACAAAAUUCAACGUUCAAACGGCCGAUAACAAAAUUAUCCCCUUUGCCGGUAACAAAUCCGUCGAAUCCGAAUCCAUAAAAACAAUAGAAACUAUACCUGAAUAUAUAUACAUAUGUAUAUCUGAAAUAAACACUAAAGUGGAGCAGGAAUUAAAGUCACUUUUAAUUCUCAAUACAAUUCAUGAACUAAAAAAAAAAAAUCAAAUUUAAUUCUAAAGCCCAUAUCAAUUACCUAUUUAUAAUACAACGUUAUAAUGCCCAUAUCAAAACAAACCUGCAAUACACUUCUGUUUAUAUCCAUAACGUCGAAUAAAAUAUUAACCUCAACUCUAUGAAUAUAACUCAAGCCAAACAGAUAACUAUAUUCAAUUAUAAUUAUCCUUGUCGUUUUUUUUUUUGGAUCAAAGAACUAACUAACCUUGUUUCCUUCUUUUCUAUAAUUUUCAUGAUAAAUCCGAUGAAUAUUGUACUGAGAUAAAUCCAAUUGACAAAAACAAGGAGAUUCCGGACGUCAUGCAGAAGUCACUAACAGCAUCCAAAUACUUUGAGCAGGAGCAAACACUUUGGGCGGGAGCAUGUUGCUUCCCAACAUAUUUUUUGUUAUUAUAUCUUAUUAUUUAUAUCUUAAAAUCACUUUUGUUUAAUUCGUAUCUCAAAAUUAUAUACAUUUAUUUAUUUAAUUUAUUUAACUCAAAGAAUUUAAAAACUUUAUCUGCACAUUUGACACCAAUGAUGAAGGCGGGAAAAACAUUCGUUGGACUGAGAUGCUGAGAUGCCUUUUAAGAAAUUGAAACACAAGGUUUAACAAUCUCAACAACCAGUCAAGCGAAUUUUUACCUUGCUCUUCUAUUUGAGAUAUUUUGAUUUAUAUAACUAAAUUAAAAACAAAACAAAAAUCUAAAUUUAAAAUCACUAAUAAUUAACGCGUGAAAGAAACAAGCCGAAAUGUAAUGAACUGUCAAACACGAACUGUCAAAUGUGCAGACUAAAUAUGCAGACUAGAUUUGCAGACUAUAUUAGCAGACUGCAAGGCUAAUUAUAUAAUGAUCUCUUUUCUUCUCAUUAGAAUUUGAUUGUCAUACUUUUAUCAUUACUAUGUUUUAUAUGUAUUAAAUUAAAUAUGUAUUUGCUUCACACUGCAAAAAGAAGUUAAACAUGUAAUUGUAUAUGCUAAAUUUAAUAUUAUUCCAGUCUGCAAGAAAUUUAUGAAAUGUCAAUAACCUUUGAAAUACUUAUGUAAUUAUUUAUAUAUCACAGCUGACUUUCAUAUAACUUUCAAUAGCGAGGUGUAAAGUUUUCAUACACUUGUUAUAUUUUCAUUCUUCCUUGCAAUUUAAAAUAAAGAAGUCAUUUUUAUAACGUAUAA